AGAGAAUUGAUGAAUGAGAGAUGGCUGGUCACAACAACAAUGAGAGACGCCAAUCAGGGUGGUUCGGUGCUCCAAACCUCUUCAUGACACCGGCACCGAAUUUCCGCCUCCAACCACCACCCAACACCCACCAUCAUGACGAUGGAGUCGGAAGUGGAAGUGGAGGUGGAGCAGUCUCCGGCGGACGCCGCCCUCGUGGUCGCCCUCCGGGGUCUAGGAACAAGCCGAAGUCACCGGUCAUGGUCAUGAGGGAAAACCCCCAUGCGCUCCACGCGCAUGUGCUGGAGGUUUCUUCGGGAGCCGACAUCAUGCAAACCCUCGUCGACUACACCCGUCGUCGUGCGUUGGGUGUUUGCAUCCAAAGUGGCAGUGGGAUGGUGUCGCAUGUGACUCUCCACCAGCCUGGGGCUCCUCCGGGGACUGUGGUUACCCUACGUGGGCGGUUCCAAAUCCUGUCCAUAUCAGGGACGGUGCUUCCACGCCCCCCAACAGUCGUGCUUCCGCGACCCCCAGUGCCUAUGGAUGCGAUUGCAGAAGGGCUGUCAGUGUACCUAUCUGGGGGACAGGGUUCGAUAAUUGGGGGAAUUGUGGUGGCGCCUCUAAUUACAUGGGGUCCAGUGUUUUUAAUGGCGGGUACGUUCUCCAACGCUGUGUUUGAAAGGUUGCCCUUGCCCUCAGAGGAUCGACAACGACAACCACCCUCAUCAACAUCACAUUCUUCUAGUGUCACAUCAACGGGUCACAUGGCAGAAGGUGGUGGCGGUGCUCCUUUUGUCAAAAGCAGGAACACUCCGAUUUCCUCCUCCUCCUCCUCCGCAACCGUGCCUGGCAACAAUCUAUUUGGAUGAGGUCCAAGCAAUGCAACUGCGCGCAGCUGAAGCACCCGGGUCUCAUCGCUUCUAGGUCUAUCUAUUAGCUGGUAGAAAUUUCUGUUUAUGAAUAAAUGAUAAUAUUGAGGAGGGGAUAUAGUUGUAUACAAUUAAUAUACAUUGUUAUUUUGGAGUGGAGUAGUACAUGCUUCAUUUUGAAACUAACAUGUGAAUUAUGUGUAUGCAGAAUUUGACCUCCUCCAUUAUUAAAUAUCUUAUGUGUUUCCUAGCUCUCUUUUCAAUUCAAUUCCUGCUCCUGUAUAAUUAUUACUUUUUUCAAAAAUUAAAGUAAAAGAUUUAUCAAAUAAUUGAGUUGAGAUACAAGUCAUCUCAAAGAACAAAUCACAAAGCCACAACGUUAUGAAAAAAAGAAGAUUUUUUCAUCAGCUUAUGUAAAAAUAAAUAUAUUUAUUGGAACUGGAAUGUUGAAUGCCUCAUAUUAGAAGCAAAUAAUGGUCUGGAGUUUGAUUAAUCAACUU